UCGCCCCCAACGGUCAGGCCCCCUUCCCCCCGGCCCCCGGCCCCCACCCGCAGGCGGAUCCGAGGCGUGGCGGGGAGCAGCUCUGCUGGGACUUGAAGAAACGCGGGCCAUCCUCCCAGGCCCCCUGCUUUUCUGCAAGAUGUUGGGAUUUUUGCAGCACCCUGUCAUGGUGACGGCUGACAUCAACUUGAAUGUCGUGGCUCUGACCGUGGUGGGGUUACUGAGCCGACUGUGGAGACUUGCCUACCCAAGGGCUGUGGUUUUUGACGAAGUGUAUUACGGGCAGUACCUCUCCUUUUACAUGAAGCGGAUCUUCUUUCUGGACGGCAGUGGUCCGCCGUUCGGCCACAUGCUGCUGGCCUUAGGAGGUUAUUUAGGAGGCUUCGAUGGCAACUUUUUGUGGAACAGAAUUGGAGCCGAAUACAGCAGCAAUGUGCCCGUGUGGUCUCUGCGCCUGCUGCCGGCCCUCGCGGGGGCCCUGUCGGUGCCCAUGGCCUACCAGAUCAUCAGGGAGCUCGGCUUCUCGCACUGCGCCGCCACAGGGGCUGCUCUGCUCAUGCUGAUCGAGAACGCCCUCAUCACUCAGUCCAGGCUAAUGCUUUUGGAAUCUCUGUUGAUAUUUUUUAAUCUGUUGGCCGUGCUGUCUUACCUGAAGUUCUGCAACUCCCAGAAACACAGGCCCUUCUCUGCGAGCUGGUGCUUUUGGCUGGUGCUGACGGGUGUGGCCUGCUCCUGCGCAGUUGGCAUCAAAUACAUGGGUGCGUUCACGUACUUGCUUGUGCUUGGAGUUGCCGCCGUCCACGCCUGGCUUCUGAUCGGAGACCGGACGCUCUCCAACGUCCGCGUGCUCUGCCACCUGCUCGCCCGCGCGGUGGCCCUGCUGGUCGUCCCCGUCCUCGUGUACUUGCUGUUCUUCUACGUCCACCUGGUACUGCUCUGCCGCUCGGGGCCCCACGACCAAAUCAUGUCCAGUGCUUUCCAGGCCAGCUUGGAGGGCGGGCUGGCGCGGAUCACGCAAGGCCAGCCCCUGGAGGUGGCCUACGGUUCCCAGGUCACUCUGAAGAACGUCUUUGGCAAACCCGUGCCCUGCUGGCUUCACUCCCACCAGAACACCUACCCCAUGAUAUAUGAGAACGGCCGUGGCAGCUCCCACCAGCAGCAGGUGACCUGUUACCCCUUCAAGGACGUCAAUAACUGGUGGAUCGUGAAGGAUCCCGGGAGGCACCAGCUGGUGGUGAGCAGUCCUCCGAGGCCCGUGCGGCAUGGCGACGUGGUACAGCUUGUACACGGCAUGACCACCCGCUUCCUCAACACGCAUGAUGUGGCGGCCCCCCUGAGCCCCCACUCACAGGAGGUCUCCUGCUACGUGGACUACAACAUCUCCAUGCCUGCCCAGAACCUCUGGAGGCUGGACGUUGUGAACAGGGAGUCGGACGCGGGCGUGUGGAAGACCAUCCUGUCCCAGGUCCGCUUCGUGCACGUCAACACCUCGGCCGUCCUGAAGCUGAGCGGGGCGCACCUCCCGGACUGGGGCUUCCGGCAGCUGGAGGUGGUCGGGGAGAAGCUGGCCCGCGGCUACCACGAGAGCGCCGUGUGGAACGUGGAGGAGCACCGCUACGGCAAGAGCCAGGAGCAGAAGGAGAGGGAGCUGGAGCUGCACUCACCCACGCAGAUGGACGUCAGCAGGAACCUGAGCUUCAUGGCCAGGUUCUCGGAGCUGCAGUGGCGGAUGUUGGCGGUGAGAAGCGAUGACUCAGAGCACAAGUACAGCUCCACGCCGCUGGACUGGGUCACGCUGGAGACCAACAUCGCCUACUGGCUGCACCCCCGGACUAGUGCGCAGAUCCACCUGCUGGGCAACGUGGUGAUCUGGGCCUCGGCCAGCCUCGCCACCCUGGCCUACGUCCUGCUCUUCCUUUGGUACCUGCUCAGGCGCCGGCGGCACAUCUGCGACCUCCCCGAGGACUCCUGGCUGCGCUGGGUGCUGGCUGGGGCUCUGUGCGCCGGGGGCUGGGCCGUGAACUACCUGCCCUUCUUCAUGGUGGAGAAGACGCUCUUCCUCUACCACUACCUGCCCGCCCUCGCCUUCCAGAUCCUGCUGCUCCCUGUGGUCCUGGAGCACGUCAGCCACCACCUCUGCAGGUCCCAGCUCCAGAGGAGCCUCUUCCACGCGCUGGUGGUGGCCUGGUUCGCCUCUGCCUGUCACGUGUCCAACAUGCUGCGCCCACUAACCUACGGGGACAGGUCGCUCUCCCCCAGCGAGCUCAGGGCCCUUCGCUGGAAAGACAGCUGGGACAUCUUGAUCCGAAAACACUAGUGCACACGAACCCGGCAAAGGACGGCAGCGCCGAGGUCAGGACGAGGCAGAACCGCCUUGGAGGAGCGGCUCUGGGCUUGGUGGAGACUCCGGCUUGGCGAGGGUUCUUUUCUUGAAGCAGCCGUCUGAGAACCGCCUCAUCCUGAGCCGUAAAGAGCAUGCCCGCCGUCCACCCCCCCGCCACUGCCCCGGCCUGCGGAGUGUGGCGCGGCUGGUGUGGGACAUGGUGACGGGGACAGAAGGCCGGGAGCGAGUUCAGGCGAAACCAGAUAAGGCCCCCGGCUUGUUCCUGUCCCCCUGUCCCAGCACCCCAGUGAGGCCUGAGGAGUCAGCCUGACGCUUCAGAGGCUACAGGAACGGCAGACUUGGAUGAGGCUGUGGGGCCCUGGGUGCUCCCCUCACGUUGCUGACUUGAAAACCCCCACCCCGAGGUUCUGCGCGAGGCGUGAGCCGCUCCCACGGUAGCGUUUCCGUCACCCGCGCACUUCCGUGUCCUGCUGACUUGGUGUCAUUAAACAGGGACAAACCGGCA